GCCGCGACGCAAGGCGAUCUCACGCCACGAACGCCGCGAAAACAAACACCGUAAUUAUCUCGCCGCGAUAAAACAUACAACGCGCUAUCAGUUCUUGAUAACUCACCAGUGUGAUAACUGAUAAAGCAAGUGGUUGACGCCUAACGUACUGUGUAUUAUGUAAAACCCAAAAAAGUGAAUUUCCUGGAAACGCAAUCAUGGCUGCGGCAACUGCUCCUCGUAAGACAGUUUCCAUCUACGACUACCCGGAACAUUUGAACCCCUUCCAUGAAGAGGACAAUCACAACAAGAUUCGAUUCUGGACCCUCGGCAGGCGGCUCAAUCGAUCCAACAGCAUCAGCUUCUCCGGACUGAAGGACCUUAAGAAUUCAUGGGCCUUCCGAUCGUUUAUGAAGAAAGGAAAGAAGGGGCAACAGUCAUCUUCAGAAAGAUCCAGCACCACUCAAUUAAAUGGAGAGACCUCACCUAUAAUCUACCGAAGAGCAUUGCAAUAUUCGACAGCAUCAACGGCAGGCGCGCGCAGCACGGUGGGAUCCCCGGAGAGAGGCGACCGCUAUGUGUACGGCGGCUCCAUCACCCCGCUGCCUCGCUCUCGGUUUCAAGAACGACUGCGCAGCACCAGCCAUCAUGAGGUCCAAUCCUUAAGUGCAACCCCUCGCCUGGCCCGCAGCGAAGUGUCAGGAUCCCGACUGAGCGUGGAAAGUACCAACCCCUUCGAUGAAGACGGGCCGGUGCCCCCAGUACGCGCUUCUAGGCGUAAGAAAAAACGAGCGCCCUUACCGCCAGGACCCGUCUUCACCACGCCCGAGUCUGCCGAUACCACGGUUUCUAGCGUCACUUCUGAAGUACAUACAACUGAAACCGAAAACAAAGUAUUGAACAACACUGAAGGUGAUUUAGAACUUGAAGACAUGAACCUAAAUAUUGAGCUAAAAAUAGUUGAAGAUGAAGAUGUUAAUAGCACGAACCAGGAAACUGUAGAAACCAAACAAACAAUUUCUAAUAACGAUAACAAUAAUGAAGUUGUUGACGUCACGGUUAGUACUGAGGUAGAAAGUAAACUGCAAAACGGACAAACUGAAAACCAAACUGAAUCCAAAGACAACGAAGUGACACUUAGAAAUAGUUCCUCGGAAGAGGAUAUCCUGAGCUCAGCCGCAUUCCAUAAGAUAGACAUUGUAACCUACAGACGCAAUUCUAGCGUUAAUGAAGACGACAUACGAUUAAGACGCGGCAAUUUAGAGGAUUUCCACUCAUUAUCUAAUAAGAGAAGCAAGAGCCUUACUAAUGCCCUAGACACGACAUACACAACUUACGACAUAAACUUAAACGAGGACACAAUACACAUGGACACUAAUGGAAACGACGCGCCACAGAAGGUUGUUUGUAAACUUUAUGACGACUCCCAAACCAAAAAGAGCAUAGAAACAAUUUCAAGUACAGAAAAGGAAUUUCAAGAAAUUGAUAGAGCUACUAGAGAGCUCGAGAGAGAAAUUAAUAAACUAAACUCUGCUUUAAAUGAAGACGAUAUUCCAUCUGUAGAAGCACGUCUAUCUGUGUCUGAAAUCAAAAGGAGGUUUGAUAAGAAUGGUGCAACGUCACCAAACCCCAUACCAAAGCCUAGGAGGAGUCACUACGGUGGAGGCUCAAGUACUCCAUGAAUCUUAACUCUUGAAACUUAAUUAUGGCUGUUUACUGUGGACCCCACAUAUUUUAUAAUUUAUGAACAAAACAAAGAACGUGAAAUGUAUUUUUACCUAUUCUUAUUCAAAUACAUAUUAUUAUUAUUAUUUUAUUAGCUGUUCAUACUUUGUAGGAAGCUGCUUACCUAACAGUUAUCCAAUGAGCAUCAUACAAAUUAGUAUUUUAAGUCAUGUCUAGCAAAGUAAAACAAUCCAGCUGUGUACACUAGUAAUUAGUCAAAUAAGGAAUCUAGUGUGUUGUAACAUGUGAUUUUUAGAUUAUUACGAACGUGGUUUAGAUGUAAUCGGAUCUCAAACAUGCAUUAAGGGGAUUGCAAUAUGAAACUUUCGUAACACAAGCUUAACUAAAAUACUAGUGCAUUCUAUACAUGUUUCAUAUACGUAAUUAACAGCGUAAAUAAGAGCAUUGUUUUGCCAUAAAAUAUUCUAAAUAUUUAGCGGCGUAGGAUAAUUUUAUUUGUGAUAAAAAUAUUUUAAUAUAUUGAAUGUUUGCUUUUGUAGUAUCACAAAAUAAUCACGUACGAUGCGGUAGAUGUGCCAAUGGUCUGCCAUUGACAUAAAAAAUCCGCAAGUGGUGAUAUAAUGCACUGUGAAUUUGUGUGCAAGAUUCCUAACUAUUUAUACAAAUGUUCACAUUGGGAUUAGAUAUUUGUUAGUUCAGUCAUUGUUGUUUAAUAAAUUAUUAUUCUAUUGA